AUGUCGAGAGUGAGAACCCCAGCCCGGAAGAAGAUCGGCGGGAGCUUCACGCACACCUUAGAAACUAAAGGCGGACUUUUCGAAUCGAAGGAUGACCCUCUGAGCCGAGCCUUCGACUUCGCCUUGAGUCGAAGCGCUCUCAGGUCUAAGAACCCUCUCGUGAGGAGUAUACUGAAUGGCGUCAAGGAAACUGUUCCCAACGCAAAAUGGAGUCACUCUACUUACAAAGCAGCUUGCCGCAUGCUACCGAAAGGUUUAUCCGCCGUAAUUGGGCCCAGCAGAGCUAGCAGCGGACCACUGCUCGAUUCACUGUGUUCGUCCUACAAUCUACCGUUCAUUGCCAUCGGUCCGGAAUUGACGUCCUCCUCAGACUCUCAUCCGAGCCCAAAACGCGUAAACCUCCAUCCCGCUACCGACAUCCUCAGCAAAGCUUUUUUUGACGUCGCCAACAUGACAGAGUGGAAAACCAUCUCUGUCAUCUACGAUAGCGAAGAUUCUCUCAUUCGGCUGGCCUACCUCCUACGACAAGCUGCAUCCGAGACUUACCUGCACUUUCUCCACGAUUACAACUCACCGGUGACCUUGUUUAAACGGAUCUUCCAUCUGAAGGACAACAAUAUCGUCAUCGAUGUCGCUACCUCCCGCAUCGCUGGAUUAUUGGAAGCUGCUCGAAAGGCUGGCAUGAUGACCGAGUACUACAAUUUCGUCUUGACAUCCUUGGAUAUGCACACGAUGGACCUGAGCGCGUAUUAUCCCAUGAGAGCCAACAUCUCAUUUGUGAAACUCAUUGAUCUCAACACUAGGGAAAACAAUCGAUUGAUGAACGAAUUCAGAAUAUUCCAACUAUCUGAUGGUAUUCGGGACAACUUGGAGCUGACGACGGAACAAGCUCUUGUCGUGGAUUCCGUGUCGUUCGCGGUUCAAACUCUUCAAGAGAUGUCGAUAGACCAUAACAUCGAAGGUCCAGAGCUCGAUUGCACUUUCGGGGAUCGUUGGAGACUCGGAUACAACAUCACAGAUAGGAUGCUCAGGAGUUCAUUCCGCGGAUUGACCGGAGUGAGCACGCUGAAUGAACACGGUCAACGCACCUCGUUCCAGCUGGACGUCAUCAGAGUCUUGUGGACAGGACCGACCAAGGUCGCAGUAUGGGACACGCAGAAUGGGAUAAGGACUCAAUCUACGUAUCCCGAGAGCGUCAUGAAGGAGCUCGAGAACCUCAUGGCUUCGAAAGUGUUCAACGUCACCACAAUUCUGAACGCACCCUAUACAAUGCUGAAGAAAGAUCACGCGAGUCGCACUGGAAACGAUAGGUUCGAAGGAUUCUGUAUGGAGCUGAUGCAGACGCUCUCCGAAAGGGUCGGCUUCAAAUACAGCAUACAGCUUGUGAAGGACAACAGCUACGGAAGUCGUCAGCCCGACGGCUCAUUCAAUGGGAUGAUAAAAGAAGUCAUGAAUAUGGAGGCGGAUAUGGCGAUUGUUGAUUUGUCCAUUACGGCCGAACGAAUGCAGGUAGUGGAUUUCACGCAACCCUUCCUCCGGACGGGGAUAUCGAUACUGUUCAGCAAACAACAGCAGCGAGAAGACGUUUCCUAUUUCCUGUUCAUGAAACCGUUUUCAUUGGAAGUUUGGAUCUGUACGUUGACAGCUUUCACCGGCAUAACGGUUUUCUACUACGUGACCGCAAGCAUCAGUCCUAACGAGAAUGCCGCUGUGGCAAUCGGGGAGGAAAUCAAGGACUACUCAAGAAUGGUUCUGGACCAGGAGAUGAAAAUAGCCAGCCGGUUCUGGUUCGCCGUAGGCUCCAUAAUGCAGCAAGGCUCAGACCUCAACCCGGUAUCCCUCUCGUGUCGGACUAUCGCCUCCGUGUGGUGGUUCUUCACUCUGAUCGUCGUAUCAUCGUACACAGCCAAUCUCGCCGCGACCCUGACGGCUGAGCGGAUGGUUUCUCAGAUCGAUUCUGCGGACGAUCUGGCGCGCCAAUCAGUAAUCGAGUACGGUUGCUUAGCGUCUGGUUCCUCAAGGAAGUUUUUCGAGCAAUCGACGAAUAAGAUCUACCAGCAGCUCUCGGACCACAUGGAGAGAGCGAAGCCAACGGUGUACGCCAAGACCAAUGCUGAGGCCAUUCGACGGGUUCUUGGCGGCAAUUAUGCAUAUUUCAUGGAAGCGACCACGAUCGAAUACCUGAAGGAGAGGAACUGCAGACUGACGAAAGUGGGAGGUCUUCUCGACAGCAAAGGCUACGGAAUAGCAACCCCGAUGGGAUCUCCGCUUAGGAAACUCUUAUCGGAAGAAAUCCUCAAGCUCGCAGAAACGGAUUACUUCAUUGGCCUGAAGCAGAAAUGGUGGGAGUCAAACCAACCCUGCCCAGCCGCAGCCCCGCCGUCGGAAGAGAUGGGCAUGGCUGAGCUCGUCGGAGUUUUCCUCGUCCUGCUCGUCGGCUGUGUGAUGGGAAUCUUCAUGAUGUUCGGAGAGUUCUUGUGGGAAGCUACCUAUACACCAUAUGGCGAAAGGUCAUUGCUCGUGAUCGAACUGUGGUGGGCUUUCAAGUUCGCCAUAUGGGGUGACGACAAGAGACCCCGGCCGGAUGGGAUGGAGAGGUACUUCGUUUCAGCGAAACCGGUAGAAAAAUCUCCGCGGCCAGCGCUCGAGUAUCGCGCCGAAGUUUUGGGAGACGUUGAGCAAUGA